CAGAUCCAUUUGAUGUCAGCGUUCCCACCCGAGGUAGUGUAACGUUGAAACUUCAGAACAAGCAGCGGCAGCACCAGUAGCAGCAGCACCAACACCAGCAGGACUAUCAGCGGUCUAGCAGACAUCCGCACGAUGGCUGAAGGUCCAGAUCCAGAACAGGGAGCAGAGCAUGUCGUGAUGUACCAAGCACAUGCCCUUGUGUACCAUGCCGAGGGUCAUACUAACCUCGUACGAUAUUUAUCAGAUGAGGAUUAUACAGUACCUGGACCAGAAGCAGUACCAGCACCUGCACCAGGAGGAGGACCAGCUUCUCCAAUCCUAGUGCUAUCAUCCGACGACGAAGGAGGAGCACAUGCACUACCAGCACCAGCAGUAGCAGCAAUGCCAGGAACAAUAGCAGUACCAGCAGCAGCAGUAGCACCAGCAGCAAUAGCAGCUGCACUAGCAGCACAAGCAGCAGCAGGACCAGAGGCACCGGCAGCACAAGCAGCAGCAGCACAAGCACAAGCAACAGCAGCAAUAAUAGCAGCAUCAAAAAGACCGUCUGGGUUAGAAUACACGGCCAUGGUGACAUGGCCGUCAAACAACUGGGGUGGCUUCGACCGCGAUGCUUUCAUCACGCCGCCAGAACAAGAAUUAAUGUGCUCAGUAUGCAACGGGGUUUUACGCCACCCCAUGCUAGUGGUAAGGUGUGGCCAUCAUUUCUGCCACAGCUGCAUAACCGAAUCCCUCAAGCAUAAUGAGCAAUGUCCAUUGGACAGAGGAGCGCUGUCUUGGGCCGUGCCAGAGGACUUGGUGGAAGAUCGAUUCAUGAAACGCCGUAUUGGAGAGUUAAUAAUUAUGUGUGAGAGAAAGGAGGACGGCUGCAAGUGGACAGGCGCGUUAUCCUCGUACAAUUCACACGUCAACCGGGACCAUAGUUGAAUGUACAUGUACAGUCCUGCAUACAUUUACAGGUUCCUUUACGAGUACGAGGGCAGUACCGCGGAAUCCAGCCCGCGCCGCGAUAGAGGCAAGGGCUGGAUGAACAGCGGUACUGGCCGAGUAUGAGUGACUGGAACGUGUUUCCCGUGUGCACCCAAGCCAAAUAAAGAGA